AUGUUCUCGACUGCGGUGAUCUCAGUGCCUCUUUUGGCCAGCCUCGUGGCUGCCGUUGCCGUCAAUCCGCUGCCAGCACCACAGAGCAUCACCUGGGGCAGCUCUGGGCCGAUCAAGUUCACAGGCGCUUGUCAGUUCAGUGGCCCAACGAACGACUUGGUGUGGGCCGCAUGGCAGCGAGCAUAUCAGUCAAUCGUCACUCUACAGUGGGUGCCAGUAGCUAUCGAAGCUCCAAUACGGGAAUAUGAUCCAUUCCCAGGCGCCGAGGAAACUUCAACGUCGUCCAGAAUACGAAGGGAUGGUGGCGGUAGCCAGAUAUCGAUCUCGAUAGACGACAACGCCGCUGACCUGCAGUAUGGAGUAGACGAGUCAUAUGAGCUCAAUGUCACAUCUUCUGCCAUCUCAAUCCACGCCGGGACCACUUGGGGAGCUAUUCACGCCCUCACUACCCUCCAGCAGCUCGUCAUCUCAGACGGACAAGGAGGACUCAUCAUCGAGCAACCGGUUGAGAUCGUCGAUCAGCCAACUACGGCCAUCGGGGAAUCAUGCUUGACACUGGACGGAACUUCCUGA